UUCAUUCACAGGGGACAAAACAACAACGUUAAGUAUCUCAAGGCCAAGCUGGAGUACAGGAAGAUAAAAACGCAGGUUCCCAGGCCCUGACAAACAAUACCUUGUGCUGCAUCACUGCCUGGUCACUCCUACUGUAUCGCCUCAUCCAACCAGACGCACAGCACUUCAGCCUUCGCCUGCCUGGACUGACUCGAACCCAGUCGUUUAUAGAUUGACCAUCCGACUCAUGCACCAUGUCCUUUACGUUCACUGUCAUGACAAUGCUUCUGGGCUCUUCCACGGUGAUCGCUUUUGUCUUGCAGCCAUCGAAGGAGGAACUUGCAGCUUCUGCAGACUCUGCUGUUCCCCCUCACAGGUGCCAGGGUGAGUCACUGCAAUCCAUCAGGAAGGGGCUCCUCAGGGCUCUGAACUUGCAGGCUGAGCCACAGUUGCCUGCUGGUGGGCUAGAUGGUGUCAGAGAGCAAUGGAGGAGGACCUUCACUGACACUGCUCACAGAGCCAUGGAUGCUGCGAUUCCGGCAGUCCCUGGCUACUCUGUGUCAGCUGAUGGCGGAAACAGUACAGGCGUGAAGUGCUGUUCCGUGGCCUCUGAGAUCUUCAUGAAAGAUCUGGGAUGGGACAGCUGGGUGAUCCAUCCAGCCAGCCUAACUAUCAUUGAGUGUGCACUCUGCAGCCCAGAAAUGAACACUGUGCAAUGUCCAUCAUCCCUCACCAAUGUCCAGGAAUCCGACUCACAGGUCCAGGUGCCAUGCUGUCAGCCCACCUCCCAGGCUGUGGUGCCCAUCAUCUACAUGAAUGAAUUCAGCACUGUCAUCAUAUCCUCCGUGCAGCUGCCCAGCAGCUGUGGCUGCGGACGCGUCAACGUCCAGCAGCCAGGCGAAGAGUAAACUUUGAUUUAUGGUCCUGAGUAUGUGACAUCUGUGAGCCACCUGGCGCCCACACAACACACAAACACUUCUGCUGAUUUUGUAGACUACUUCUCUUUAGUUUCAGGUCUUAUCUUAGAUCCUUGCAACAUGUCUUCUGAGUGUUGAGCGUGGGAACCAAACCAAAAAUGCAUUUCUGAUAUAUUCAAUUUCUCUCACACCAGGAGCUUGAAAGAGCUGCUCAAGAAGUGAAGCUGACACUUGUUGGAUUCAUGCUGCCAGUUUAUCAUUACAUAAAUCUCAUGAGUGCUAUUUAAAGCUGCAAACUGUUACUGAGUGUUCCCUCCAAAAAUGCUAGACUGUCCAGAGCCAAAACCUUUCACAAGCCCGUCGUCUCCUCAGAAUAAAUAUAGAUAUUCUAGUGCAAAAUUACAUUGUGUUAAUUUAUUUUGCUAAUUAUUUUAGAACCUAUGUUGUUGGCUGUGGAUGUUUGAGGUCAUAAUUAGUUGGGGAGUUGUUUUGGACUUCAUUACGUUGAGAGGUGUUUCUAAUAUCCCUUUAAAGGGAAUUUUCACCUCAUUUUAUGUGGCUCUCCAGUCUGCGUCAAUGGUAAAUACAAAUCAAUUGAAGUGUGUGCUAUAUUGAGAAAGCUGCAUUUCAUCGCCUGACUUGAUAAAAUACGGCUGCUGGAAAUGUAGCGAAUUCACAAGCGCAGAGAACAAGCUUUGUUUUUGAGCGUCACCACUUCCCCUGGCUACCCAGAAGUGGGGGACUAGAUAUCAAACAUAGCAAACCACAUCACUGCACGCUUCAAAUGACGUCGUCGGUGGACGAAGAAGCACAGAUUUUGCAGCAGCAAAAUGCAGCUUUCUCAGUCAAUAUAGUAUAAACUGAUGAAGUUACUGCUUUGACUGCAUUUACCAUCAACACUGACUGGACAUCCACUUAAAAUAUGGCAAAAUUUCCCUUUAACUAUGACCUCAGUCAUACAAAUAUGGUUGAACUUGCACAUGAUGACAAUGUCAACAAAAAGUGAACAUUAUGAGCCGAGUACAGAUUGAAGUUAUGUACAGGUGUACCUAAUAAAGUGGCCACUAGAUAUAUAUGAUUAUAGUAGCAUGGAAUGAGUUGAUUUAAACAACCUUUUGUCAUGACCCGUGCCA